CGGAUGAAUACUGCCUGUUACAGCUACUUGACCGGUUUAAAAGAUCGGACGAAGGAGUGACUCAAGAAGUGGUGAAAUCUACUGAGGGAACCCAGUAGUUUGCAAGUUAGGAAUUGGCAUGAUGAGUGAGAAUCGGUGCCUGUCUGGUGUGAAGAUCCAGCUUGCUGCUCUCAUGUGCUCUCUGGUAUUGGUUAUCUCUGCCAGAAACACUGAUGUCUUCUCUUCUGAUGUCCAGUGUCCAAAUAAUACGGAUGAUACACUAAGCCUAAGGUCGCCUGGAGGUCAAAGGUUACAAGAUAAUGUCACAGGUCGUGCAGGUCACAUCCUUGACCUUCACUGUUGUACCUCAGAGCAGAAUGUAGUAACCUGGUACUUCAGGAAGGGACCAGAGGACCCCUGGACAUCAUACCCCUGGUGCAUUUGUUCUUAUUCCAUCUUCCCUCUGCCUAAUACCAGGAACCAAACCCUCCGUCUGAAGGAUCCCUACCUAACUCAAGACGCAGGCCAGUACAGAUGUUUUGCUAGGCAGGAAACCACGGGUCAAAGUGUGAGCCAUGUGGUGACAGUGAGCCUUUACAGUUGUGUGACCAAAGAGAAGCCUGAAGCUGUUUCAGUGGUAACCAAUCAGUCUGUUGAUAUCGGGAGUAGUGUGACUUACUGGUGUGAGGGCGACUUUGGCUGUGUGACAAAUACGACCCGCCAGCGUGAAGCAUACUGGAGGAGGGGUGGGGUCAGACUCAUGGGUGGGGAGCAAGGCAGAUACAGCGUCCACAACAGUCACAACCUUGGACAUAUAACACUCACCUCCAGACUGACCAUUACAAAUAUUCAGCCUGAUGACCUUGGUCUGCCAUUUGAAUGCGUACUGGACACUGGUCAAACCUCUACCACAGUCACGUGGAGUUUACAGCUGAAGGAAACUGCAAGAGGGACAAACUUUGUCCUGGAGGAACACUGGUACGUUGUCAUGGUGAUCAUCAUUCUCCUACUGAUACUGAUAUGUGUGAUUGCCUGGCGAUUGUUUGGACCACAGAUCCAUUUCUUUGUCAAAUCCACAUUUUGUGCCAACCACCUGAUGACGAAUAACAACUUGCCCUUUGACCUCGCCAUAUGGCACAGCCUGGAUGGCGACUCAAGUGCUGUGAGGUUCACAGAAAACACACUGAGGACUAAGCUGACUGGGCAUGGUUACACCUGUGCCACGCCUAACGACCUGAGCGCUGACUCUCUGACCUUGGGUGGGAGCGGGGAAAUCAUACGGACAAGUUACAGCGUUGUGUUUGUCAUGACGCAGAUUGCCCUGGAGGACCCGGAGCUGCACUUACUGGUGAAUUCAGCCCUAGAAAUAAGGCACAACGUUUUCUGUAUCGCACUCUUGGAUGUAAAUCAAUCCGACUCAGUCACCAUUCGAGCCUUGAAGGAGAAGUACAGAGGCCUGAAGAUUUUGACGUGGCCAACUGAAGCUAAAUCCCACUCCAGGCAGCGCAAAAAUUUCUGGAGCGAAAUGAGACUAAGGUUGCCUCUGGCCAAACCUGACUCUCCUGACCAUUGGAUAAGAAUUAGCAAUCUGAGAUCUUAGAUUUGGUCAUCACCUUGUAUUUCACCGAAUCAGGUGCAAAACUUAUUGUUGGUCACAGAAAAGGAUUCAGUAUCGAUGGUUCACAGAGAAAAAAAAAUGCCCUGGGCACAGAGGAGUGAAUCAGAAAAGGCUUGGCUCCGAAAUCCCUCUAGACCCUGGAAGCUAGCACCUCUAAUAAGAUAAGAUCCAUUGCUCAGAGGACUGUUUAUCUUUUGAACAGGUCAUAGACAUUGUGUACUUUCUUGAGUAAGCAAAAAAUGUUCAUGUAGAAAAAGUGACACAGAGCACCAUAAUAAUGUUCAUGGUGACUGGCAUUAUGGUGAGAACUGUCUACAUUGGUAUUUACCUGGACUGUCAUUAUGAUGAGAACUGUCUACAGUCAUAUUUACAUGGACUGAUAUUAUGAUGAGAACUGUCUACAGUGGUAUUUACAUGGACUGGCAUUAUGAUGAGAACUGUUUACAGUGGUAUUUACAUGGACUGGCAUUAUGAUGAGAACUGUCUACAGUGGUAUUUACCUGGACUGACAUUAUGAUGAGAACUGUCUAAAGUGGUAUU